AGCCUCCCGACGGGAACCGGGCGGCCUCCAUCCACAGGCCGCGCCGCUUCCGCAGGAGCGCCCGCUCAAGUUGGUGUCUCGCCAGGGAGGGCGGCCUCCCUCGCCGCAUUGCGACCUGCCCGUGAAGGGCCCGGCGGCCCCACCUGUCCGCAGUAGCGAUGGCGGCCGGUGAGCCGCUGGGCGCGGAGUGCCUCUCUCAGCUGGCGGAAAAUCUGCUGCAUCAGCUGCAGGAGAAUUUUCAAGCUCUGACAGAAAGGAUAACGCUGAGAAUGGAAGAAAUGGGUGAGCGCAUCAAUGAUCUUGAGAAGCAUGUUGCUGACCUAAUGGCAGAGGCUGGAAUAGAGAACACUGAUGAUGGAUUGAGACACUGAAAUAAGCAUGUGAGCAAGAAAGAUAAAGGGAGAACAGCUCUGCACUGAAUCUGGAGUGUGUCAUUGUUUACCAUCAGUGUCACUAGUCACCAAAAGUGUCAGUGAAAACAAAUACACUUGCAUCACAUCAUGAUAGAAUCUCCAUUUUUCUUUUCCUUUAAAUUAUUGUCCCAGGAGAGGAGUAGAAAGCUAGGUUUAUCUAAAUGGGAUGCUAUUUCCUAUAGUUGGGAAUAAACCAUUAGUCUCAGGGGAGGAAAAAAAAAUAUGGAUAGAAAACUGUCCUAUAUAGUAGUGAGCUUACCCAGUCACAAACUUUUUCAAUGUAAAAUGUACUCUAUUUCAUACUACUAAUAUUAAAAUUUCCAUCAUGCUUC